AUGGAACUGAGAAUAUGUGACAUCAUUGAUUUGCUUGAUUCACAAAAUGUAAAAGAUAUAUCUGUCGGACUAGCGUCUUUGCAACAACUAUUACACAAUCUAUUACCCUACAUCACCACAUACUACAACAAUAGAACAUCUCAUCACCAGCAUAAUUUGCAGCACACACCUACCGAGCUUCAAAAGUUUGUUGCUUUGCAGGACAGUUUCCAGUACAAUAUAUGUGAACAUCUCGUGAAUGCAUACAAGUUACCUUCAAUCGGAGAAGAUAAUUUGCUCCAAUGCAAUAACCUCCUUCAAGGAUUAGUCUUGAUCCAUCCAAACUCACGAAAACUUUUUCACAGAUCUCGAAACAUGAAGACUAUUCUAGAUUUGUUACAAGCAAGCGAGAGUAUCAGUAUAGAGUUGACCAUAUCAGUAAUCACCACCAUGAUUCAUAUCUUGUUGAAGGAUUUCACAAACUAUCGCGUUUUUGAAGAAAAUAAAGGCUGUUCAAUCUUGAUUAGAAGAUUCAAGUUAUCUUCUUUUGAUCCUACUCAAAUGAACUCCGAUUCAAAAGAAUCGAAUCAGCAGAAGUUAAACUUUAAAAUCAUUGAAUUCUUGAUGUUUUACAUGACUGACGAAAAUACUGUCGAUAAUCCAAACCCGAAGUCAAUUCAAGACAAGGCAAGCUUUUUUAAACAAGAUUUCCCCGAGAUUGAUGACUUGAUUGAAAGCUUGAACCAAUUGAAAGAUUUAUAA